AUGGUUCUCAAGCUGCACGGAUUCCCCCUCUCCACUUGCACCAAUAGGGUGCGCACCGUUCUUCUGGAGAAGGGUUUGGAGGCCGAGUUCAUUCCUGUUGAUCUGAGCAAGGGCGAACAAAAGUCCGAGGCAUACCUUAACGAGCUGCAUCCAUUUGGCAAGGUCCCGGUUCUCCAGGAUACCGAGACUGGUGUGCAGGUUUUUGAGAGCAGAGCCAUUGCCCAAUACAUCGCUACCAAGUACCGUUCUCAGGGAACCGAUCUGUACCCCGCCGAGACUGAUUUGAAGGCAUUCGCUCUCUUCCAGCAGGCUGUCUCCAUCGAGCAAGCCUAUUUCGACCCCAUCGUCUCGCAGAUUGCAUUCGAGAAGGUUUUCAAGCCCCGAAAGGGUCUCGGCGCCACCGAUGAAGCCCGAGUUCAGGCUCUCUUGGGUCAACUAAAUGCUGUCUUGGAAGGUUAUGAGCGCGUCCUCUCCAAGCAGCCCUACCUGGCUGGCGAUAAGGUGACACUUGCAGAUCUCUACCACCUGCCUUAUGGGGCCUUUGUCGAGCAAUUUGGUGCUGCGGAGGUCUAUGCCAAGUAUCCUGCUUUCAAAAAGUGGUGGGACAGCUUGAAGGCGAGGGAGUCAUGGAAGAAGAUCACCGCUUGA